CAACUUCUUUUAGUACCUGUCAUCUUGGAUGAGUUGGAAGUAAAUUUGGGUAUAUAUACCGGACAACAGCUUCUAAUCGUCACUUCACUCAGAUCCAUUGUGACAAACUUUUUCAUUUCACGCAGAGAAGACAGCUACCGCCACAAAAAUGAAAUUCGCCAUUGUGCUGUUGGGUCUUCUGGCCGUGAUUGGCGGAUCUUAUUCUAUUCCUGCCGACAAUGCUAGUCCAGAUCUCCAGCCGGCAGAGGUUGCUGCUGCCGCAGUUGAGAAGAGCAGCACAAAGGAUGACUCGCAAGCCUCAGAGGAGGAAGAUGAGAGUGAGGAGGAAAUCGAUGAUGAUGAUGAUGACGAAGAUGAUGAAGAUGAUGAUGAUGAGGAGGAGGAUGAUGACGAUGAAGAAGAUGACGACGACGUUCACGAUGAAGUUACUGAAAGCCAACCCUAGUCAGCAUACGUACUACAUCUCAAUGAACUGUGCAUUAUAAAAUGUAAAAAAAACAUGUCUCUCAAUGAGACCAAAAACAAAAGUGUGGAUUUCUGUCAUUUUUUUUUCUUAAACGUUAAAUAAAACUUUAUUUAAAAUUUCAAUGCAGAUUUCAAUAAAAACAUUUUUUGGGAAAUAAGCAAA